GGCAGCACAGGUACGAGAUUCAGAGCGACAGAAAAGUUACAUUUACGUUGCAUAUAAAGUAAGAAAACAAUAUGGCGUGCAUUUGCUAACAUCGUUGUCACGGCUGGACAAAAAUAUCGUUCUGUGACUGAUUUUAAAAACUUAGUAAUUCGACCAUGACGCAAUAGCAACAAUGAAAUACGGACUUGUUACCAUGUAAAUGUCCUGACUUACAGCCGAUACGCCUGUCGUCACUGUUCAGUGUGCAGGGAUCAGAGAAUGCACGCGACGCUUGAUACAGGUGGACACAUUCCAAACAGCAGGCAACUUAAUGCGGACGUCAUUUUCUUAGGAAAAAAAAGUCACAGCAAAGGAAACGAAACCUAAAGCGAUCAACUGGCUAUUGUUCGGUUAUGUAUAAAACCGAGGUUUCUUCAUCCACUCAGUGAGUAAGCAACAUGGAUCAAGAUCUCCCGCUGUUUGCAUUAUAAAUGCUAACGAGUUGUAGCCUACGAGCAAGUUGACAAGCCACUCAAUGGACAUCAAAUCCAAGCAGCACAGAUGUCUUCCCUAUGUUUACUACCAAGCCAUACGGGAUCUCCAGCCUGUAUGGGAACUAGAGGACAUGAGGACAAUGGAGACGUUUUACUGGGACACACAGAGACGGAGAACUUUUACUCCCUCGGAAGCCAUGAUUUACGCCAUCGUGCACGACCACCAAGCCUACGCACAAUACCUGCUGAGUCACUACUCGGAGAGCGCACUGGCAGUACCAAGUCAAUACUUUUGCCACAUCGAGGAUUCGGUUCCACACUUCAUCAUGGCUGUCCGUUACAACAGGAGGGAAAUUCUGAAAUUCAUGCUGCAGAUGACGCAUCAGGUGCCCAGUCUCCGAGCGAAUUUAGGAGGAAGGUUCAACUUAGAAGACGGCAAGACUCCUCUGCACCUGGCGUGCGAACUUCUACACUUAGACGCUAUUAUUCUGUUACUGGGUAACGGCGUGCCACCGCAAGCCGAGGACCAAAAUGGAAUGACACCCCUGGACGUGAUUCUGUCGCAGCUUCGGGAAACCAAAGUCAACAUGGGAAAGAAGAGGCGAUGCUUAGAUAGCUUGCUUAUGUUCAUUCCCGAGUUAAGAUUUAAAAUGAAGGGCUCCCUCGAAGAAGACCGUGAGUACUGGACACAGGUCGUUGGAGAGGACACACUUCGCUACCUCGUUGGAAGGACCCCAGCCCCACUGUUACUUAUCACUAUGCAAAAAGUGCUUCGUCUCCUACCCUCGGAGAAGUUUCUGGAGAGCCUGCACCAGCUUCCCAUUCCGACGUCACUGAAGUCGCUCAGUGUGCCCACCUCGCACAGCGCAAAAAAAGUGUUUACCACAUGCACGUUUAAAUCAACAAUAUGUUGAGGAAAUCUAAGACAGCAUUACAAAUGUAAACAGUAAUUGUAUGAAGAAAGCAUGUUGUUGAUAUACGGUUAAAAACAAGUGAUAACUGCAGUUUAAAUGGAACUUGUUUAGAAUGAAUGUGUUACGGGCACAGCAAGUUAGGAGGGAAACGAGGGAAGUGUGUCGUGUUUUAAGAUUACUCUGAGAUUUAAGUAUUUGUUUGGUAUUGACUAGUAAUUUAUGAAUGUUAUAAAAAAAUGAAAACUUAGCGGGACAAUAUCGUGUGUUCAUUUAAAAAAAACAUACACAGCUGAAGAUACCAUAAAUAAACACAUUUGCUCAAGGGGGUGAAUGGCAUUAAUACAAAUAAUAUACCAAGAAAAUGUUGGUGUUAUUUGCAGUUUUACAUAUUUUCGCACGAGUGUCAGGGGAUGGACUACGUAACAGUAAGUACGCUAUGUAAAGACCUGGCACAUUCAUUCAUAAAGCAGCUGCUGACUCAAAUUAACCCGUCCCUGCUUUCUUGAAUUACUUUUCGCAGUACAUUAUGUUGAUUUGGAAACGGGACGGCCGUUGGAUACACAGAUCUGUAGGCUCCCCUGCUUUAUCCUCGUUCGCGUGCGCUCGCCCUCGUGCGGGAUUUGUGUUCGCGCGACUUGUUUUAGUUGUCCCUUCGGCGGUGCCAACAGACAGUACUCGCGGUAACAAGUCAAACCAAUUGGAAAGCUGUCUGCACCACAUGCUAAUGCAACACCAGAAUGUACCGUUUUCUACUGAAAGUACAGAGAGGCAAGAAAAGCGGGUUUUAAUGCAAAUCCCUAGGGUCGAUAACCACGGAUACAUCCGUUACAGCACAAAAAGCAGGUUUUGUAUUUCAGUGGACAACUUAAAGUAUUGAGAAUCCAUUCUUUAUUACAGGUGACUUUCACAACCCUAAAAAUGUUUCUUAAAAUUGCAGCUUAAUUACAGAGUAGGGAGCAGUUUACCGAAUGUCAGUUUGGUGUCAUUCUUGUGACAAUACACCUAU